GAAAAGGGGCUAAGAAUGGACGCGCUGCAGGACUGGGCCCUGGAGUACCCGGCUCUGGCCCGGCUGCUCUGGGUGAUCGUGCUGGUUUUGGCCACCCUCCUGGUCUGGAGCUUGUUCUUCUGUUGCUGGGGUAACCAAAGCUCCACCUCCCCUCUGGAAAGAUAUCUCUCAGCAAUGGAGAAACAGUCAAAGACAAAACACCAGAGCCAGAGGAAGAAGAAGCCGAAAGACAAGAGUGUCUCUGCGGCUUUGCUAAAUGAGGGGAUCGUCGGGGUGAUCAAACUGGCAACCCCUUUGUCUCAAGAGAAACAGAAGAAGAAGGAGAAGGAAAGACAUGUGAAAAAGAUAGAGGAAGAGGAAGAAAAGAAGGAAAGAAAGGAUGAGAAGGAUGAGGAAGGGAAAGGAGAGAAGCCCUCAACAACCGUGAGGAAAAGAAACAAACGGCACCUGAAAGUCACCAUCGCACCUGGAACCGUGAUUCCAGCAUCUACUGACCAGGUCAUGUCAGGGGGUCGCCGGCGGAUACUAGAGCGGUCUGCUUCGGAGGAGAGUGCGAGUGACCUGUGCUCCUCACCUUUUCCCGGAGACACCUUACCAUGGAACCUCCCUAAACACCAGCGCGUCAAACGCUCCAAAUCUGCCUCCGGAGAUGUCCUGGACCCCGCAGAGAGAGCAGUCAUCCGUAUUGCAGAUGAACGAGAUCGAGUACAGAAAAAGACCUUCACAAAAUGGGUGAACAAGCAUCUGAUGAAGGCCCAGCGACACAUCACAGACCUGUACGAGGAUCUCAGAGAUGGACACAACCUCAUCUCACUGCUGGAGGUGCUGUCUGGAGAGACACUGCCGAGGGAGCGAGACGUUGUCAGGAAUUCGCGGUUGCCCAGAGAGAAGGGUCGCAUGCGCUUUCACAAACUACAGAAUGUACAGAUCGCACUGGACUUCCUCAAACAUAGACAGGUGAAACUGGUAAACAUAAGAAAUGACGACAUCGCAGAUGGAAAUCCAAAACUGACCCUCGGGCUAAUAUGGACCAUCAUUCUUCACUUCCAGAUCUCCGAUAUCCAGGUGAACGGUCAGUCAGAUGAUAUGACCGCCAAGGAGAAGCUGCUCUUGUGGUCUCAGCGGAUGGUGGAGGGCUACCAUGGCCUGCGGUGUGACAACUUCACCACCAGCUGGAAAGAUGGCAGGCUCUUCAACGCCAUCAUCCAUAAACACAGGCCGAAUUUGAUCGACAUGAAUAAGGUGUUCAGACAGACCAACCUGGAGAAUUUGGAGCAGGCCUUCAGCAUAGCAGAGAGAGACAUGGGCGUCACACGCCUGCUGGAUCCUGAAGAUGUGGACGUGCCACACCCAGACGAAAAGUCCAUCAUCACGUAUGUGUCGUCUUUGUAUGAUGUCAUGCCAAGGGUUCCUGACGCUCGUGAUGGAGUCCAGGCCAACGAGUUGGAGUUGCGCUGGCAGGAGUAUUACGAGCUGGUGACCAUGUUACUCCAGUGGAUCAGGCAUCACAUUAUCGUGUUUGAAGAACGCAAGUUCCCUUCCAGCUAUGAGGAGAUUGAGGUUCUUUGGCGUCAGUUUCUGAAGUUCAAGGAGUCUGAACUACCAGCCAAGGAGACUGACAAAAAUCGCACCAAGCACAUUUACAAGUCUUUUGAGGGUGCUGUGCAAGCGGGUCAGGUCAAGGUUCCCCCCAGUUACCAUCCAAUUGAUGUGGAGAAGGAAUGGGGCCGUCUGCAUGUGGCCAUUUUGGAACGAGAGAAACUAUUGCGUUCAGAGUUUGAACGGCUGGAGCGUCUGCAGAGAAUAGUCAGUAAGGUGCAAAUGGAGUCAGGUUUGUGUGAGGAACAGCUCAACCAGGUGGAAACAGUGUUACAAUCGGACAUACGUCUGCUGGGUGCGGGAAAGCCUAUCCAGCACUCGGCUGAGAUAGAGCUAGAUCUGAACAAGGCUGAAAACAUGAUCCGAUACCUUUUCAAUGAUGUCCAAUUACUUAAAGAUGGGCGCCACCUACAGGCAGAACAGAUGUACAGGCGGGUGUACCGUCUCCAUGAGCGUCUGGUAAACCUGCGCAGUGAGUUUAAUCUGCGUCUGAAGUCUGGCGUGACGGUGUCGCAGGUGCCCAUGACCCAGAUGUCCAUGUCCCAGAUCUCCAUGUCCCAGUCCUCCCCCGUCCAAACUAUACAGCAGUCUCCGCAGCGCGUAAGACCUGAGCUCGACGAAGUCACUCUCAAGUACAUUCAGGACCUCUUGUCCUGGGUGGAGGAGAACCAGAGACGCAUUGAUGGGGCAGAGUGGGGCGAAGAUCUUCCCACUGUGGAGUCACAACUCGGUAGCCAUCGUGGCCUUCAUCAGUCGAUCGAGGAAUUCAAAUACAAGAUUGACCGUGCACGGGCUGAUGAGAAUCAGUUGACUCCAGUCAGUAAGGGAGCUUAUCGAGAAUACUUGGGCAAACUGGACCUUCAAUAUGCCAAACUGCUGAACUCGUCCAAGUCACGGCUGCGGAAUCUAGAUCAGCUGCACGCUUUUGUCAUGGCCGCCACAAAAGAGCUGAUGUGGCUGAACGAAAAAGAAGAGGAGGAAGUGAACUAUGAUUGGAGUGACCGAAACUCCAACAUGACCGCCAAAAAGGACAACUAUUCUGGUUUGAUGCGAGAUCUUGAACACAGAGAGAAGAGAGUGAACAAUGUCCAGAUGACCGGAGACAAACUGUUGAAAGAUGGCCAUCCCGCCAGGAAGACUGUGGAGGCUUUCACUGCAGCUCUUCAGACUCAGUGGAGCUGGAUCCUUCAGCUGUGCUGUUGCAUUGAGACUCAUCUGAAAGAAAACACCGCCUACUUCCAGUUCUUCUCAGAUGUCAAAGAGGCUGAAGAAAGGAUGAAGAAGAUGGAGGACAUGAUGAAGAAGAAAUAUGUGUGUGACCGCUCAAUCACGGUUACACGGCUAGAGGAUCUGCUACAAGAUGCAGUGGACGAAAAAGAACAGCUAAAUGAAUUCAAGACACACCUGGAGGGUCUCAACCGGAGAGCUAAGACCAUUAUCCAGCUCAAGCCGAGGAACACCGCUCACCCCGUCAAGGGCAAAUUACCCAUUCAGGCUGUGUGUGACUUCAAACAAAUGGAGAUCACGGUACACAAAGGAGACGAGUGUACCCUGCUGAAUAACUCCCAACCGUACAAUUGGACAGUGCGAAACUCCAGUGGAAAUGAAGCCACAGUACCAUCCAUCUGUUUCAUCGUCCCUCCCACCAACAAAGAAGCUAUGGACGUCAGCUCUGGUAUGGAUGCGAGUCUGCAGAAGCUGAUGGUUCUUUGGCAAAGGCUGCAUGUUGAUAUGAAGAGCCUGCUGUCCUGGCAGUACUACAUGCGGGAUAUCCUGCUUAUCAACUCCUGGAAUUUCAUCAUGUUCAAGACUUUGAGAGUCGAGGAAUAUCGACUGACCCUGAAGAACCUGGAGCAGCACUAUCAGGCCUUCAUACGUGACAGUCAGGACUCUGAGCUCUUCGGUGCCGAUGAUCGCUUGCAAGCUGAGAACAGUUACACCAAAGCCACUCAACACUAUGAUAACCUGCUACGCUCCGUUGAACAAGGGGAACAGGAUGAGUCGGUGUGCAAGAGUUACAUCACCCAGAUAAAGGACCUGAGAUUGAGACUGGAAGGCUGUGAGAACCGCACAGUGAACCGUCUCAGACAGAUGGUAGACAAGGAGCCUCUCAAAGCCUGUUUACAGAGAGCCACUGAACAGAAGAAAGUGCAGACUGAGUUGGAGGGUAUAAAGAAAGACCUGGAUAAGAUGGUGGAGAAGAGUGAAGCAGUGCUGGCCACAUCUCAGCAGUCCAGUUCAGCCCCUGUCCUGCGCUCAGAAAUAGACAUCACCCAGAAAAAGAUGGAGCACGCCUACAGUCUUUCUUCUGUGUAUCUCGACAAGCUGAAGACCAUUGACAUGGUAAUCCGCAGCACACAAGGAGCAGAAGACAUUCUCAACAAAUAUGAGAACCAGUUGCGGGAUGUGAACAAAGUUCCUGUUAAUGAGAAAGAGAUUGAGGCCACUCAAACACAGCUCCAGAAACUGCACUCAGAAGCGGAGGGAAAGCAAGCUACGUUUGACCGCCUGGAAGAGGAGCUUCAGAGGGCUACCACGGUGACCGACCGAAUGUCUCAGCUGCACAGUGAACGUGACAUAGAGCUGGAGCACUACAGGCAGCUGGUGGGCAACCUGAAGGACCGCUGGCAGGCCGUGUUUGCUCAGAUUGAGCUGAGGCAGCGAGAACUUGACCUUCUCAGCAGGCAGAUGCAGGCGUACAGACAGAGCUGGGACUGGCUCAUCCGCUGGAUAGCAGAUGCCAAGCAGAGGCAAGACAAGCUCCAUGCUUUGCCCAUCGACAGCAAAGCCCUUCAAGAGCAGCUGUCCCAGGAGAAGAAACUGCUUGAGGAGAUUGAGAAGAACAAGGACAAGGUGGAUGACUGCCAGAAAUAUGCUAAAGCAUACAUUGAUGCCAUAAAGGAUUAUGAGCUCCAGCUGGUGACUUAUAAAGCUCAUGUGGAGCCCAUAGCUUCCCCUCUGAAGAAGACCAAAAUGGAGUCUGCAUCUGACGACAUCAUUCAAGAGUAUGUGACUCUGAGAACACGCUACAGUGAGCUGAUGACUCUUUCGACCCAGUAUAUUAAAUUCAUCAUUGAGACACAGCGCCGCCUAGAGGAUGAGGUGAAAGCUGCCGAAAAACUUAAAGAAGAAGAUAGAAAAAAGUUGGCCGAGAUGCAGGCCGAGCUAGAAAAGCAAAGGCAGUUAGCUGAAUCUCACUCAAAGGCUAUUGCUAAAGCAGAACAAGAGGCAAAUGAGCUGAAGACGAAGAUGAAAGAUGAAGUCAGCAAACGACAGGACGUUGCGGUCGAUGCUGAGAAACAGAAGCACAAUAUCCAACGAGAGCUCCAGGAGCUCAAAAGCCUUUCCGAGCAGGAAAUCAAAGCUAAGACUCAACAGGUAGAGGAAGCCCUCCAGAGCCGGACCAGAAUUGAAGAAGAAAUCCAUAUAAUCCGACUCCAGCUAGAGACGACGAUGAAACAAAAAAACACUGCUCAAACAGAGCUUCAACAGCUCAGGGAAAAAGCUGCAGAUGCCGAAAAACUUCGAAAGGCAGCGCAGGAUGAGGCAGAGAAGCUUCGGAAGCAAGUUGCCGAAGAGACUCAGAAGAAACGCCAGGCAGAAGAAGAGCUCAAACUGAAAUCAGAUGCAGAAAAGGAGGCUGCCAAAGAGAAGAAGAGGGCCCUUGAGGAUCUAGAGAAGUUCAAGCUUCAGGCUGAGGAAGCUGAGAGGCACAUGAAGCAAGCAGAGCUGGAAAAGCAAAGGCAGAUUCAAGUGGUAGAGGAAGUGGCAAAGAAGACUGCAGCCACGCAGCUUGAGAGUAAACAGAUAUCAUUGACAGCAAAACUGGAAGAAUCACUCAAACAUGAGCAGGUGAUGGUCAUUCAACUGCAGGAGGAGGCAGAACAUCUCAAAAAGCAGCAAGCUGAAGCAGAUAAGGCAAGAGAGCGGGCAGAGAAGGAGCUCGAAACAUGGAGACAGAAGGCUAAUGAAGCUCUCCGACUCCGGCUCCAGGCUGAAGAAGAGGCCAAUAAGAAAACUGCAGCUCAGGAGGAAGCGGAGAAACAGAAGGAGGAAGCCAAACGGGAGGCAAAGAAGAGAGGAAAAGCUGAGGAGGCUGCCCUUAAACAGAAAGAGAUUGCCGAAAAGGAACUGGAGAACCAAAUGAAGAUGGCUGAAGAAACAGCUAAACAGAAGCUUGCAGCAGAGCAAGAGCUUAUUCGAUUGAGAGCAGAUUUUGAGCAUGCUGAACAACAGAGAAUUGUCUUGGAUGAUGAGCUCCAGCGUCUCAAAAAUGAUGUCAAUGCCGCUGUUGAACAGAAGAAGGAGCUUGAGGAGGAGCUGGUCAAAGUUAGGAAGGAGAUGGAAGUUCUACUACAGGUAAAGUCCAAAGCUGAGAAAGAGUCUUUGUCAAACACUGAAAAGAGCAAACAACUACUUGAAUCUGAGGCUGCCAAGAUGAGGGAACUGGCUGAGGAGGCAACUAAACUGAGGUCAGUUGCAGAAGAAGCAAAGAAACAGAGGCAAAUUGCAGAAGAAGAAGCUGCCCGUCAGAGAGCAGAGGCUGAGAAGAUCCUCAAAGAAAAGUUAGCAGCUAUCAACGAGGCAACCCGUCUAAAAACUGAGGCUGAGAUCGCUUUGAAAGAGAAGGAGGCUGAAAAUGACCGCUUGAAGAGAAAAGCCGAAGACGAGGCCUACCAGAGGAAAGUUCUUGAAGAUCAAGCGGCUCAGCACAAGCAAGCAAUUGCAGAAAAGAUCGAUCAGCUCAAGAAGUCUUCAGACACCGAGCUCGACAGGCAAAAGAAAAUCGUAGAAGAAACCUUGAAGCAGAGGAAAGUGGUGGAGGAGGAAAUCCACAUUCUCAAGCUCAAUUUCGAAAAGGCUUCAACUGGCAAACAGGACCUUGAACUUGAGCUCAACAAACUCAAGGGCAUCUCAGAGGAGACGCAGAAGAGCAAAGCGAAGGCUGAGGAAGAAGCAGAGAAAUUCCGAAAACUUGCUUUGGAAGAGGAGAAAAAAAGGAAAGAGGCAGAGGCCAAGGUGAAAAAAAUCCAAGCUGCAGAAGAAGAGGCAGCAAGACAACACAAAGCUGCUCAAGAGGAGGUUGAGCGUCUCAUAAAGAAAGCAGAAGAUGCCAAAAAGCAGAAAGAGAUUGCGGAGAAAGAAGCCGAGAGACAGAUCAUUUUAGUCAAAGAGGCUGCACAGAAGUGCUCUGCUGCUGAACAGAAAGCCCAAAAUGUUCUUCUCCAGCAAAACAAAGACAGCAUGGCGCAAGAUAAUCUCAAGGAAGAGUUCGAAAAAGCAAAGAAACUGGCACAAGAUGCAGAAAAGGCUAAAGACAAGGUUGAGAAAGAGGCUGCCUUGUUGCAGAAGAAAGCAGAGGAAGCUGAACGUCAAAAGCAGGCAGCUGAGGCUGAAGCUGCCAAACAGGCCAAAGCCCAGGAAGAUGCUGAAAAACUGAGGAAGGAAGCUGAAAAGGAAGCUUCCCGGCGGGCUGAGGCAGAGGCUGCUGCUUUAAAACAAAAACAAGAGGCUGAUGCUGAAAUGGCCAAGUACAAAAAGCUUGCGGAAAAGACCCUGAAGCAGAAGUCUUCGGUUGAGGAGGAGUUGGUGAAGGUUAAAUUGCAACUUGAUGAGACAGACAAACAGAAAUCUAUCCUUGAUGAUGAACUCAAGCGACUCAAACAAGAGGUCAGUGAUGCCAUCAAUCAGAAGGCUCAAGUUGAGGAUGAGCUCUCUAAAGUUAAGAUUCAGAUGGAGGACUUACUAAAAAUGAAACUUAAAAUUGAAAAGGAAAACCAAAAGCUUAUGAAAAAAGAUAAGGACAACACAAAGAAACUCCUUGAGGAAGAGGCUGAGAACAUGAAAAAACUGGCCGAGGAUGCGGCACGGCUUAACAUUGAGGCUCAAGAAGCUGCAAGAUUACGACAAAUUGCAGAGUCAGAUCUUGCCAAACAGAGGGAACUGGCUGAUAAGAUGUUGGAAGAGAAAAAGCAGGCCCUUCUUGAGGCGACAAAACUGAAGGCUGAAGCCGAAAAGCUCCAGAAACAAAAAGAUCAGGCACAGGUUGAGGCUCAAAAGCUGUUAGAGGCCAAAAAGGAGAUGCAGCAGCGUCUGGAGCAGGAGACGGAAGGUUUCCAGAAAUCUUUAGAGGCUGAACGCAAGCGGCAAUUAGAGAUUACCGCAGAGGCUGAGAAACUAAAGAUCAAGGUGAUGCAGCUAAGUGAUGCUCAGUCAAAAGCAGAGGAGGAAGCCAAACAAUUCAAGAAACAAGCUGAUGAUAUCAAAAGCCGUCUACUUGACACUGAAAAACAGACUUCCGAGAAAUACACUGUUGUUGAGAAACUGGAAGCACAGAGACUGCAGAGCAAAAAAGAGGCCGAUGAUCUGCACAAAGCAAUUGCAGAGCUUGAGAAAGAAAAGGAGAAAUUGAAAAAAGAGGCUGCUGACUUACAAAAACAAUCAAAAGAGAUGGCCAAUGUACAGCAAGAACAGUUACAGCAGGAAAAGACUAUCCUCCAGCAGACUUUCUUUGCAGAAAAAGAGACACUGCUGAAGAAGGAGAAAGCCAUUGAAGCAGAGAAAAAGAAGCUGGAGAAGCAAUUUGAAGAUGAAGUAAAGAAGGCUGAAGCACUUAAAGAUGAACAGGAGCGUCAGAAAAGGCAAUUGGAGGAGGAGAGGAAGAAACUUCAGUCUGCCAUGGAUGCUGCCAUCAAAAAGCAAAAGGACGCUGAGGAAGAGAUGAAUGCCAAGCAAAAAGAAAUGAAAAAGCUUGAAAAGAAAAGAAUUGAACAAGAGAAGCUUCUGGCAGAGGAAAACAAGAACUUGCGAGAAAAACUCCAGCUGCUUCAGAGUUCACAAAAGCCAUCCCACACCAAGGAGAUUCAAACUGACAAAGUCCCUGAAAAAGAGUUAGUUGCAAUGACAAUGGUAGAAACAUCCAAGAAGGUCGUAAAUGGCUCUACAGAAGUGGAUGGUGUGAAAAAAGAUGUAGCCUUGGCUUUUGAUGGAAUCAGAGAGAAGGUGCCUGCAAACAGACUUUAUGAGAUUGGUGUGCUCAGCAAAAAAGAAUUUGACAAGCUUAAGAAAGGCAAAACAACUGUGGAUGAGCUUUCAAAGAAUGACAAGGUCAAGAUGUGCCUAAAAGGUAGAGAUUGCAUAGGUGGAGUAAUAGUUGAUCCCAACCAGAAAAUGAGCAUCUAUCAAGCUUUGAAGGACAAGAAGAUUACACAAAGCAUGGCUUUGAUGCUUCUUGAAGCCCAAGCUUCAUCUGGUUACAUUAUUGACCCCAUUAAGAACAAAAGAUUAUCUGUAAGCGAAGCUGUGAAGGAUACCCUGAUUGGACCUGAGCUGCACACCAAGUUGUUAUCGGCCGAAAGGGCCGCCACAGGAUUCAAAGAUCCAUUCACUGGAGAUACAAUCUCACUGUUUGAAGCAAUGAAAAAAGGUUUGAUUGCAGAGGACCAGGCCACAAAACUUCUUGAUUGUCAAUAUGCAACUGGUGGGAUAGUUGAUCCUGUCAAUAGCCACCGUGUAACAGUCCAAUUGGCUUGCACACAAGGUCAACUUGAUGAUGAUCUAAGCAAAAUCCUGUCCAGCCGUCCUGCUGACAAAAAAACAUUCAUUGAUCCCAACACUCAGGAUUGCCUCACUUAUUGUGAGUUACUGGAACGAUGCAAACCAGAUCCUGAGACAGGCAUCCCAUUACUGCCAAUCACAGAACAUGCAGCCCAAAUUGAAAAAACUUAUACUGAUGAGGAAACUAAAGAUGUAUUUAGUAAGGCAAACCUAACUGUUCCAUUUGGAAGAUUCAAAGGAAAGACUGUCACCAUCUGGGAGAUCAUAAACUCUGAGUACUUCACUGAAGAUCAAAGAAAGGAUCUUAUCCGUCAAUACAAGACAGGCAAAAUUACAGUUGAAAAAAUUAUUAGAAUUGUAAUAACUGUUGUAGAGGACAAGGAAAGCAAGAAGGAACCUGCAUUUGAUGGUUUGAGAUCAUCAGUGCCAGCUUCUGAACUUCUGGAAGCAAAGGUUAUUAAUAAAGAUUUGUUCAACAAAUUGCACAAUGGAAAAGCUACUCUUAAAGAGGUCUCUGAGCUUGAACCUGUCAAGAAAGCCCUAAAGGGGGCACACUCUAUUGCUGGAGUGCAGAUUGACUCAACUUCUGAAAAGAUGUCUUUCUACGAAGCCAUGAAGAAGGGCUUGCUCGGAACAGAGCCUGCGCUAAACCUUCUAGAGGCCCAGGCUGGAACAGGCUUCAUAAUCGAUCCUGUGAAAAAUCAAAAGCUCACUGUUGAUGAAGCAGUCAAAAGUGGCGUUGUUGGUCCAGAGCUGCAUGAGAAAUUGUUGUCUGCAGAAAGAGCUGUUUGUGGUUACAAAGAUCCAUAUACUGGAAAAACUGUAUCCCUGUUUGAAGCAAUGCAAAAAGAUCUCAUUAAGAAAGACCAAGGUGUCCGUCUGCUGGAAGCUCAACUUGCAACUGGAGGAAUUAUUGAUCCUGAGAAAAGUUACCGCAUCACUCCAGAUAUUGCAUAUAAACGUGGAUACCUAAAUGAGAAGAUAAAUGAAGACUUAAACAGCCCAUCAGUCUCCAGUACAGUAUUCAUUGACCCAAACACACAAGAAAAUGUCACUUAUGCUGAACUGCUGAAAAGAUGCAUCAUUGAUAAACAGACUGGUUUCCCAUUGCUUCCACUAUCUGAAAAGGCAGUCAAGUCAAAAGAAAUAGAACCCGUUUCUGAUGCGCAAACUAAAGAGACCUUGAGCCAUGCUACAGUUGAGUUGCACAGUGGAGUUUUUAAAGGAAGAAUAGUCACCAUUUGGGAGAUUAUCAACUCUGAAUAUUUCACAGAGGAACAAAGGAUUGAAUUUAUCCGGCAAUAUAGAUCAGGAAUUAUCACAAUUGAAAAACUGAUCAAGAUUGUGAUCACUACAGUGGAUGAAAAAGAAAUGAAGAGACAGGGCGAAUUUGAUGGUUUUAGAGGACCUGUCACGGCCAGUUCCUUGCUUGAAUCUAAAAUCAUUGACAAAGACACCUAUGACAAAAUCCAACAAGGAAAAAAGAAACCUGCAGAAGUUAGUGACUCCAUCAAACGCUACUUGCAAGGUUCUGAUUGCAUUACUGGGGUAUUUUUGGAAAAAACUAAGGAAAAACUGAGCAUUUACCAAGCAAUGAAGCAGAAACUUCUGACAUCAAACACAGGUGCUUCCCUGCUGGAAGCUCAGGCAGCUACUGGCUACAUAGUUGAUCCUAUCAGGAAUGAGAAGUUUACAGUGGAUGAUGCUGUUAAGACUGGCAUUGUUGGUCCAGAGCUUCAUGAAAAACUGCUUUCAGCAGAGAAAGCUGUUACUGGUUACAAAGAUCCAUACACUGGUAAUAAGAUCUCUCUUUUUCAAGCAAUGCAAAAACAGCUUGUUCUAAGAGAACAUGCUAUACCUCUUCUAGAUGCUCAGGAGGCCACUGGAGGUAUAAUUGAUCCAGUAAAUAACCAUCGACUUCCUAGUGAUAUAGCCAUUCAGCGUGGCUACUUCAGCAAGCAAUUGGCCAAAUCUUUUAAAGACCCCACAGAUGAUAUCAAAGGUUUCACUGACCCAAACAAAAAUGAGAAUAUCACAUACAAACAACUGAAAGAGAGAUGCAUGGCCGAUCCAGAAUUUGGAAUUGCCUUGUUACCGCUUUCUAAAGCACAGACUGCAGAGCAAGCUGAAAAAUCAUAUGCUUACACUGAGGAACAAGCACAGACAGACUUAGCUAAUACCCAAAUAGACAUACCACAUGAAAGUUUUGCUGGCAAACAAGUGAACUUAUGGGAAGUCAUGAAAUCAGAUUUGCUUCCAGAAGAGGAAAAACAAAGGCUCCUUGAACAGUAUCGCUCAGGCAAAAUCACAAAAGAGAGAAUGAUCAUUAUUAUAAUUGAAAUCAUUGAACAAAAAGAGAUCAUCAAGACUGAGCAGAGUAUGUCAUGUGAUGUAAUCAGACGCCGGGUUACUAUUGAUGAACUUUACAGAGCUCGUAUUAUAGACCUUGAAACGUACAAUCUGCUCAAACAAGGCAAGAAAACAAUCCGGGAAGUUAUGGAGAUGGACAGCGUGAAACACUAUCUAUUUGGAACCGGCAGCAUUGCUGGAGUACUCUCAGAUAACUACGCUAAGGUUAGCAUCUACCAAGCCAUGAAGAGAGGUCUCAUUAAACCUGGCAUUGCCAUUGAUCUGUUAGAGGCACAAGCAGCGACAGGAUUCAUCAUUGACCCUGUGAAGGAUGAAUUGUUAACCGUUGAUGAGGCCGUCCGGAAGGGUCUUGUUGGCCCAGAGAUCCAUGACAAACUCUUGUCUGCUGAGAGAGCAGUCACAGGUUAUAAGGAUCCAUACAGCGGGAAGGUUAUUUCUCUAUUCCAAGCCAUGAAAAAGGACCUUGUUACUGAGGAUUAUGCCAUGAAGCUUUUGGAGGCCCAGGUAGCAACAGGUGGCCUCAUGGAUCCAGAGUACUACUUCCACCUCCCAAUUGAUGUCGCCAUGCAACGUGGUUACAUGAACAAAGAAACCAGUGAGAGGAUAUCUGAUCCAAGUGGAGAUGUCAAAGAGUUCAUAGAUCCAACAACAGAUGAAAAGCUGUCUUAUGCCCUACUUCUCAAAAGAUGCAAGAUUGAUAAAGAGAGUGGCUUACGAUUAUUGUCUCUGGCGGACAAGAGACUUCUAUUUAAGGGCCUUAGAAAACAAAUCACUCCAGAGGAGUUGUUGCGCUCUCAAAUUAUUGAUCAAAAGACCUACACAGGCCUCAUGGAGGGUACCAUUUCUGUUGAGGACCUCAGUAAAGACCUAAAGAAAUAUCUUGAAGGCAUCAGCUCUAUUGCAGGCGUGUUUGUUGAGGCUACAAAAGAUCGACUUUCAGUCUACCAAGCCAUGAAGAAGAACAUGAUCAGACCAGGCACUGCCUUUGAACUUCUGGAGGCUCAAGCAGCUACUGGGUAUGUGAUUGAUCCAAUUAAAAAUCUCAAAAUGAAUGUCCUUGAAGCUGUGAAAAUGGGAGUCGUAGGACCAGAAUUUAAAGACAAGCUUAUCUCGGCUGAACGAGCUGUGACUGGCUACAAAGAUCCAUACUCUGGCAAGGUGAUCUCCCUGUUCCAGGCUAUGAAGAAAGGUCUUAUUCUGAAAGACCAUGGUAUUCGUCUGCUCGAGGCUCAAAUAGCCACCGGUGGAAUCAUUGAUCCUGAAGAGAGUCAUCGACUUCCUGUUGAAAUGGCAUACAAGCGGGGUCUAUUUGAUGAGGAGAUGAAUGAAAUUCUCACCGAUCCCUCUGAUGACACUAAGGGGUUCUUUGAUCCAAACACAGAGGAGAAUUUAACUUACCUCCAGCUGAUGGAACGCUGUAUAACAGACCCUGAAACUGGACUUUCUCUAUUGCUGAUGAAAGAAAAGAAACGGGAAAGAAAGACGUCCUCUAAGUCCUCAGUCCGCAAACGUAGAGUUGUUAUCGUAGAUCCAGAAACAGGAAAAGAGAUGUCUGUGUAUGAGGCAUACCGCAAAGGACUCAUCGACCAUCAAACAUAUAUUGAACUUGCAGAGCAAGAGUGUGAAUGGGAAGAAAUUACCACCUCAUCAUCAGAUGGUGUUGUCAAGUCUAUGAUCAUUGACAGAAGGUCUGGGCGGCAGUAUGACAUUGAUGAUGCAAUCUCCAAGGGCCUCAUUGACCAGUCUGCUUUGGACCAGUACCGUGCUGGUACCCUUUCUAUCACUGAAUUUGCUGACAUGCUCUCUGGCAAUAUGAGUGGCUUUAGAUCACGUUCAUCUUCCUUUGGGUCCAACUCAUCCUAUCCCAUGAGUCCAAUUCCCUCCAUAAAGACACCAGCUACAACCUGGACUGAUCCAUCUGAGGAAACUGGACCAGUGGCUGGAAUCUUAGAUACAGAUACUUUAGAAAAGGUGUCAGUUACGGAGGCUAUGCAUCGGAAUCUAGUUGACAACAUCACUGGUCAAAGACUACUAGAAGCACAAGCGUGCACAGGGGGAAUUAUUGACCCAAACACUGGAGAGAAAUUCUCUGUUGCUGAUGCUAUGAACAAAGGGCUGGUGGACAAGAUCAUGGUUGAUCGUAUCAACCUAGCACAGAAAGCUUUUCAGGGAUUUGAAGAUCCAAGAACCAAAACCAAAAUGUCAGCCUCUCAAGCCUUAAAGAAGGGUUGGCUCUACUACGAAGCUGGCCAACGUUUCCUUGAAGUCCAGUACCUAACCGGCGGUUUGAUUGAACCAGAUAUUACAGGAAGAGUAUCACUGGAUGAUGCUGUUAAGAAGGGCAAUCUAGAUGCGCGCACUGCACAGAAACUAAGAGAUGUCAGUGGAUAUUCCAAAUACCUCACCUGCCCCAAAACAAAACUCAAGAUCUCAUACAAGGACGCCAUGGACAGAAGUAUGAUAGAGGAAGGAUCUGGCCUGAGGUUGCUUGAAGCAUCCUCACAGUCCAGUAAAGGUCUUUACAGCCCAUACAGCAUCAGUGGCUCUGGAUCAACUUCAGGGUCUAGGUCUGGAUCCAGAACUGGUUCAAGAUCCGGCUCUAGAAGGGGAAGUUUUGAUGCCACAGGCUCAGGUUUCUCCAUGGGUUUUUCUUCAUCCUACAGCCCCACUAGCUAUGGCCGCCGUUAUGAUUCAGGGGCACAUGGUGGACUGCAGAUGGAUGAGCUAAAGCAAGCCCUUACAGCUUUAGCAUCAGGCAGGAACUGUUGCUAUGAUGAAAAGAGAAUAUUCACAUCAUCCCAAACUCAAUCCUCUUUAGUUGCUUACAGAAACCCAAGUUUUGACAUCUUUGAGUUAAGGUUUUCUGUGGUGUACCUGCACUACACAGAAGCGGGAGCAGAAAAUAACCAAAAAAAAAUGCCAGCUCAGGAAAACUGCAAUUCUCAGGGGCCAGUAGCUGGGGUGUUUCUUGAACACUCAAAUGAAACCAUUACAAUAUACCAAGCCUACAAGAAACGCUUGUUGACUCCAGGAACAUGUCUGGCACUGUUAGAAGCCCAAGCUGCAACAGGAGGAAUCAUCGACCCAGUCAAAAACAGGAUAUGCACCGUAGACGAUGCGGUAAAGGAAGGCAUUGUGGGACGCGAAAUGAAAGAGAAACUUCAAUUUGCUGAGAGGGCCAUCACGGGCUACACAGAUCCUUACACCAACCAACAAAUCUCACUCUUCCAGGCCAUGCAGAAAGAUGUCAUUCCAAAAGAGUAUGGCAUUAGACUGCUUGAGGCGCAGAUCUCUGGCAAAGGGAUCUAUGACCCUAUUGAAAAAUGCUACCUAACAGAAGAACAAGCCAAUGGACGAGGUCACUAUGACAAAGAUCUUUUCAGAGACAAGAUGGAUGAUCUAAGAAUAUUCUAUGACCCAAACUCUCAGCAAAACCUCACCUAUCCAUCGCUGAUAAAGAAAUGCACAGUAGCCCCAGACACAGGUUUACUGCUCUUCCCAAUGUACAUCACAUUUAAAGGCCUCCGCAGAGGUGUAACCUCUGCUGAGCUUCUGGCAUCAAAAAUAAUUGACCAACAGACAUUUGAAAAUCUACAUGAUGGUAAAACCACCACCCAGGAGGUGAUGUUAAUGGAAACGGUGAAAGAAUAUCUAGAAGGACAAACUAGCAGGGGAGUAGCUGUGCUCUCCACAAAUAAGAAAAUGAGUAUCUAUCAGGCAAUGAGACAAGGAAUAAUCAUGGCUGGUUCUGCUUUGAUUCUGCUCGAAGCACAGGCUGCAACUGGAUUUAUGAUUGACCCAGUUGAAAACAAGACAUACACGGUAGAUGAAGCCAUUAAACAAAAACUUGUAGGACCAGAAUACCAUGCAAAAUUGCUUGCAGCAGAACGCGCAGUUACUGGUUACAAGGACCCAUACACUGGUGAAACCAUUUCUCUUUUUCAAGCUCUGAAGAAGGAACUGAUUGUGAAGGAGCAUGGAAUCCGCUUGCUUGAAGCACAAAUCGCAACAGGUGGAAUUAUUGACCCCAUAUACAGUCAUAGAGUUCCUGUGGAUGUAGCAUACAAGCGUGGCUUCUUUGAUGAGGAAAUGAAUGCCAUCCUUAAGGAUCCUGAAGAUGACACUAAAGGAUUCUUUGACCCAAACACAAAGGAAAAUCUGACAUAUCUACAACUGCUUGAUCAUUGUGUCAUUGACUCUUCUACAGGACUUACAUUGUUGCCCAUUCAGGAUGCAUCUGGGAGUCCGAAUCACACAUUCAUUGGCUUUGACAUCAAAAAAGUAUUCAAGGGUGUCAUGGUGAAAGUGACACGUGGAAAAUACAUUGGAAUGACUGUUUCACUCUGGGAAUUACUUAUGUCUGAAUACUUCACUGAGCAGCAAAGGCUAGACUUUAUCCAGCAAUACAGAACCAGAACAGUCACGAUUGAAUUUAUAGUCACUAAAGUCCUGGAGAUCAUUGAGCAUUCGGUGAAAACAACCAAAGUAGUUUUUGAAGGUAUAAGGGAAAAAGUAAGUGCAAACCAGCUCUUUGAGGCCGAUAUCAUCACAGAGCACGAUCUAGAAGAUCUCAGAGAAGGAAAAAAGACUGUCAAAGAUGUUACGGAGAAUGUAUCUGUGCAUACAUAUCUACAAGGCAAACCAAGCAUUGCUGGAGUGCUGCUUCCUGACUCACAAGUGAUGUCAAUCUACCAAGCCCGACAAAAAGGGAUUCUGAGGCCAGGAACAUCACUUGUUCUUCUUGAAGCCCAGGCUGCAACAGGAUACAUAAUUGACCCAAUUGCUAAUCUAAAGUUCUCUGUAGAUGAUGCAGUGAAGGCACGGGUGGUAGGGGCGGAUCUUCAUGCAAAACUAUCCUCAGCAGAGAAGGCAGUGACAGGUUACCACGAUCCAUACACUGGCAAGAAAAUCUCAUUGUUCCAAGCAAUGAAAAAAGAUUUAAUUGUGAAAGAUCAUGGUAUACGUCUACUAGAGGCCCAGAUUGCCACAGGGGGCAUUAUUGAUCCGGUAAAUAGCCAUCGCAUUCCAGUUCAUAUUGCUUAUAAACGAGGAUUCUUUGAUAGUGAAAUGAAUCAGACCCUUUGUGAUCCAACUGAUGACACAAAAGGUUUCUUUGACCCAAACAGUCAUGAAAACCUUACCUAUAUGCAGCUUAUGUCCAGGUGUGUCACUGACCAAAGCACGGGCCUUUGCCUUUUGACAAUCAAAGGGAACGACAGGAGAGUCAAGAUAGGGGACAGCACCAAAGAGGCCUUCAACACCACGUAUGUAUCUGUGAGAUAUGGCAGAUUCAGCGGCAAGAAAGUGACACUCUGGGAUCUCAUCAACUCAGAAUAUUUGUCUGAGGAGAAAAGACAGGAGCUGUUAAAAUGUUACAAGUCAAAAGCAAUCACAAUUGAAGAAAUCAUCACAACAGUUCUAGAGAUCAUUGAGCGCAAAGAAGUACAAAGAAAUGCUGACCUCAGUGUAGAUGGUCUCAGGGGAAAAGUUUCCAUUUUGGAGCUACUGAAUUUGGGGAUAAUAGAUGAAAAUCAAUACAAAAAUGUUAUUGAGGGGAGGCUGACAAUCAAAGAUCUCAUUGAGACAGGCACUUUGAGAAACUUCCUCAGCGGAACAAGCUGUAUAGCAGGUGUAAUAUUAGAAAAGUCUAAUCAGAAAAUGAGCAUCUACAAAGCCAGAAAAGAAGGCCAUCUUACCCCUGGCACUGCCCUGUGUCUUCUUGAAGCACAGGCUGCCACUGGGUUUAUUAUUGAUCCAAUACAAAACAAGAAACUCACCGUAGAUGAGGCACUGAAGCAGAAAAUCAUAGUUCCAGAGUUGUAUGAAAAACUCCUGGCUGCAGAGAAAGCAGUGACUGGUUACAAAGACCCAUACACAGGCAAGACAAUAUCACUUUUCGAAGCAAUCAAGAAAGAACUUAUUGUAAAGCAGCAUGGCAUUCGUCUGCUUGAAGCCCAGAUUGCAACAGGUGGCAUCAUUGAUCCCUUAACAUGUUUACAUUUGCCACUUGAUGUUGCUUUCCAGAAGGGUUAUUUUGAUUCAGACUUAAACCAGAUACUUGCUGAUCAAACCGAUGACACUAAAGGAUUUUUUGAUCCCACCACACAAGAAAAUCUUACUUACAUGGAGAUGAUCAAACGAUGCAUAAAGGAUCCCCAUACUGGUCUUUUACUUCUUCCAGUUGCCGAAAAAGGGAAAACACAAGAGAAAUCACAAAAAAUCAUCUCUGAGGUUGAGAUUAAGGAAGAAUUUGGGAAAAACAAAGUUGUCAUUCCUGUUGGCCAUUUGUCUGGAAAAUCACUGUCUCUUUGGGAGAUAAUUCAUUCUGUUAAGAACAAGCCAAUGGACGAGGUCACUAUGAACAAAGAUCUUUUCAGAGACAAGAUGGAUGAUCUAAGAAUAUUCUAUGACCCAAACUCUCAGCAAAACCUCACCUAUCCAUUCGCUGAUAUAAGAAAAUGCACAGUAGCCCCAGACACAGGUUUACUGCUCUCCCAAGAGGUGAUGUUAAUGGAAACGGUGAAAGAAUAUCUAGAAGGACAAACUAGCAUUGGGGGAGUAGCUGUGCUCUCCACAAAUAAGAGAAAUGAUGUAUGCUAGCAGGCAAUGAGACAAGGAAGAUCAUGGCGUGGUUCUGCUUUGAUUCUGCUCGAAGCACAGGCUGCAACUGGAUUUAUGAUUGACCAGUUGAAAACAAGACAUACAACGGUAGAUGAAGCCAUUAAACAAAAACUUGUAGGACCAGAAUACCAUGCAAAAUUGCUUGCAGCAGCAGAACGCGCAGUUACUGGUUACAAGGACCCAUACACUGGUGAAACCAUUUCUCUUUUUCAAGCUCUGAAGAAGGAACUGAUUGUGAAGGAGCAUGGAAUCCGCUUGCUUGAAGCACAAAUCGCAACAGGUGGAAUUAUUGACCCCAUAUACAGUCAUAGAGUUCCUGUGGAUGUAGCAUACAAGCGUGGCUUCUUUGAUGAGGAAAUGAAUGCCAUCCUUAAGGAUCCUGAAGAUGACACUAAAGGAUUCUGACCAAACACAAAGGAAAAUCUGACAUAUCUACAACUGCUUGAUCAUUGUGUCAUUGACUCUUCUACAGGACUACACAUUGUUGCCGCAUUCAGGACAUCUGGGAGUCCGAAUCACACAUUCAUUGGCUUUGACAUCAAAAAAGUAUUCAAGGGUGUCAUGGUGAAAGUGACACGUGGAAAAUACAUUGGAAUGACUGUUUCACUCUGGGAAUUACUUAUGUCUGAAUACUUCACUGAGCAGCAAAGGCUAGACUUUAUCCAGCAAUACAGAACCAGAACAGUCACGAUUGAAUUUAUAGUCACUAAAGUCCUGGAGAUCAUUGAGCAUUCGGUGAAAACAACCAAAGUAGUUUUUGAAGGUAUAAGGGAAAAAGUAAGUGCAAACCAGCUCUUUGAGGCCGAUAUCAUCACAGAGCACGAUCUAGAAGAUCUCAGAGAAGGAAAAAAGACUGUCAAAGAUGUUACGGAGAAUGUAUCUGUGCAUACAUAUCUACAAGGCAAACCAAGCAUUGCUGGAGUGCUGCUUCCUGACUCACAAGUGAUGUCAAUCUACCAAGCCCGACAAAAAGGGAUUCUGAGGCCAGGAACAUCACUUGUUCUUCUUGAAGCCCAGGCUGCAACAGGAUACAUAAUUGACCCAAUUGCUAAUCUAAAGUUCUCUGUAGAUGAUGCAGUGAAGGCGGUGGUAGGGGCGGAUCUUCUGCAAAAACUAUCCUCAGCAGAGAAGGCAGUGACAGGUUACCACGAUCCAUACACUGGCGAGAAAAUCUCAUUGUUCCAAGCAAUGAAAAAAGAUUUAAUUGUGAAAGAUCAUGGUAUACGUCUACUAGAGGCCCAGAUUGCCAGGGGCAUUAUUGAUCCGGUAAAUAGCCAUCGCAUUCCAGUUCAUAUUGCUUAUAAACGAGGAUUCUUUGAUAGUGAAAUGAAUCAGACCCUUUGUGAUCCAACUGAUGAAAAAGGUUUCUUUGACCCAAACAGUCAUGAAAACCUUACCUAUAUGCAGCUUAUCAGGUGUGUCACUGACCAAACCACGAGCCUUUGCCUUUUGACAAUCAAAGGGAACGACAGGAGAGUCAAGAUAGGGGACAGCACCAAGAGAGGCCUUCAACACCACGUAUGUAUCUGUGAGAUAUGGCAGAUUCAGCGGCAAGAAAGUGACACUCUGGAUCUCAUCAACUCAGAAUAUUUGUCUGAGGAGAAAAGACAGGAGCUGUUAAAAUGUUACAAGUCAAAAGCAAUCACAAUUGAAGAAAUCAUCACAACAGUUCUAGAGAUCAUUGAGCGCAAAGAAGUACAAAGAAAUGCUGACCUCAGUGUAGAUGGUCUCAGGGGAAAAGUUUCCAUUUUGGAGCUACUGAAUUUGGGGAUAAUAGAUGAAAAUCAAUACAAAAAUGUUAUUGAGGGGAGGCUGACAAUCAAAGAUCUCAUUGAGACAGGCACUUUGAGAAACUUCCUCAGCGGAACAAGCUGUAUAGCAGGUGUAAUAUUAGAAAAGUCUAAUCAGAAAAUGAGCAUCUACAAAGCCAGAAAGAGAGGCCAUCUUACCCCUGGCACUGCCUUGUGUCUUCUUGAAGCACAGGCUGCCACUGGGUUUAUUAUUGAUCCAAUACAAAACAAGAAACUCACCGUAGAUGAGGCACUGAGCAGAAAUCAUAGUUCCGAGAUGUUGUAUGAAAAACUCCUGGCUGCAGAGAAAGCAGUGACUGUUACAAAGACCCAUACACAGGCAAGACACAUAUCACUUUUCGAAGCAAUCAAGAAAGAACUUAUUGUAAAGCAGCAUGGCAUUCGUCUGCUUGAAGCCCAGAUUGCAACAGGUGGCAUCAUUGAUCCUUAACAUGUUUAUUUGCCACUUGAUGUUGCUUUCCAGAAGGGUUAUUUUGAUUCAGACUUAAACCAGAUACUUGCUGUGCAAAACGAUGACACUAAAGGAUUUUUUGAUCCCACCACACAAGAAAAUCUUACUUACAUGGAGAUGAUCAAACGAUGCAUAAAGGAUCCCCAUACUGGUCUUUUACUUCUUCCAGUUGCCGAAAAAGGGAAAACACAAGAGAAAUCACAAAAAAUCAUCUCUGAGUUUGAGAUUAAGGAAGAAUUUGGGAAAAACAAAGUUGUCAUUCCUGUUGGCCAUUUGUCUGGAAAAUCACUGUCUCUUUGGGAGAUAAUUCAUUCUGUAUACUUCACAGAUGAACAGAGGCAGCAGUACUUUGAACAAUUUUGUUUGGGCAAGAUAAAUAUUAAGGAUGUUGUCACCAUGGUUACCACAACUAUUCAAACACUAGAACAGAAAGAAGCAGUUCCUCAAACAACAAUGGGCCUGAGAAAACCUGUUUCUGUGCAACAGCUACAUGAGUCUGGAAUCAUUGACACCAGUACUUACAAAGCACUACAACUUGGUACGGAGACGCUUGGAAAUGUGGUUAAACUUGAAUCCGUUCAAAGGUAUCUUAAGGGCACUGGAAGUAUUGCUGGUGUGAAGCUUCAUCCAUCAGGAAAAGUGUUAACCUUAAACAUGGCAAAAAGUGAAGGCUUACUCACUUCUGAUGUAGCACUGUUGUUGCUUGAGGCUCAGGCAGCAACUGGAUAUGUUAUCGAUCCAAUCAAAAACACACAUCACUCAGUCAUGGAGGCUGUCAGAGCUCAACUUAUUGAACCAGAGAUAUUGGAGCACUUGCUAUUGGCUGAAAGUGCUGUCACUGGCUUCACAGACCCAUACACAGACGAGCAGAUAUGUUUAUUUGAAGCAAUGAAUAAAGGUCUCAUCCCUUGGAAACAUGGACUGAACCUCUUAGAUGCACAGCUUGCCACAGGGGGGAUUAUUGAUCCAACAGGAAGCUAUCGGUUGCCUGUUCAAAAAGCAAUUAUGAAAGGAUGCUUAAAUAAGGAGACGAGUGAUCUUCUGGCAAAUCUUAGUAAAAGUGAAAAAGGUUUUUCAGACCCCCAAACAAAAGAACCUCUUACCUACCAUCAGCUCAUGACGAAAUGUGAAAAGAAUUCAACAACCGGCAUGCUGCUUCUCCCAAUAACUGAAAAGAGUGCUGAAAGCUCAACCUUCAAUGACAAACAAAUAAUGAAUGUCUUCAAAGAAAAAUCAGUGAUCAUCAAUGCUGGAAAGUUUGCAGACAAACGUGUAUCACUUUGGGAUGUACUACACUCAGAGUAUAUAUCUGAAGAGAAGAGAAACAAAUUAUUUGAACAAUACAAACAAAAGAAACUAUCAAUAGAGGAGAUAACAGAAAUGGUGACAGCAAUGACUAUUGAGGCAAGCACAAAAAGACAUUCCUUUAAAGGUCUCAGAAAACAAGUGUCAGCAAGUGACCUAUUUGAAGCAAAAAUCAUCUCAAAACAAAUGUUUACUAAGCUUAUCAAUGAUGAAGUAGAUGAUGAAGAUAUAAACAAUACAGAAUCUAUUCAAAAAUACCUUGGCGCAACGAACUGUAUUGCUGGUGUAUAUGUCCAGUCUACCAAACAGACCAUGAGCAUAUUUGAAGCAAGAAAUAAGGGACUUCUGACACCUGGAACGACUUUGGUUUUACUUGAGGCCCAGGCUGCCACUGGCUUCAUGAUUGACCCAGUAAAGAACAAAAAACUGUCAGUAGAGCAGGCGGUGACUGAAGGGAUUGUUGGAACAGAAUGGAAAAGCAAACUGCUGUCUGCAGAGCGUGCAGUUACUGGUUACACAGACCCCAACACAGGAAAAACUCUCCUUGUUCCAGGCUUAAAAAAAGACCUGAUUGUCAAGGACCAUGGUAUUCGUCUGCUAGAAGCUCAGAUUGCUACGGGGGGCAUCAUUGAUCCUGUGCACAGCCAUCGUGUCCCUGUGGAGGUGGCGUACCAAAGAGGGUACUUUGAUGAGGAGAUGAACAAGAUCCUCUCUGAUCCAGAUGAUGACACCAAGGGUUUCUUUGAUCCCAACACACAGGAGAACCUCACAUACUUGCAACUUGUGGAGAGGUGUGUUAAAGACCCCAUCACUGGCCUGAGCCUCCUUGUGAUUGUGAAAAAGGGAGAGUACUACUUUUUCAUUGAUGAACAUACAAAGAAUAUCCUCAAGUCUGCAACCACAAACAAAGCAGGAGGUAAAUUCCAAGGACAGCUGGUGACACUUUGGGAUCUGUUGUAUUCAAAUUACAUAUCUGAGGAAAAGAGGAGAGAACUGGUGCAGCAGUUUAAGUCAGGUACAAUAACUAUUGAACAAUUCUUGGAAAUAGUUCUGACCUUAGUAUCACAGAAAUCAGGAACAACCACCCACACAAUUACUACCACCACCACAGCAACAACAGAGACAACCCAAAACAACACCUUCCAAGGUAUCAGAAAGGAUGUGAGUGCUGAUGAGCUGUUGCUAUCCAAAGUCAUCGAUGAGAAAAUGUACAAAGACCUAACAACUGGAAAAGUCACAGUUGAUCAUGUGAGUGAAAUAGACUCUGUGCGAAAAUACCUGAAAGGGACAAACUGCAUUGCUGGUGUAUUUGUGCAGUCUACCAAACAGACCAUGAGCAUAACCGAAGCCAAAAAUAAGGGGCUUCUAACACCUGGAACGUCUUUGGUUUUACUUGAGGCCCAGGCUGCUACUGGCUUUAUGAUUGACCCAGUAAAGAACAAAAAACUGUCAGUAGAGCAGGCGGUGACUGAAGGGAUUGUUGGAACAGAAUGGAAAAGCAAACUGCUGUCUGCAGAGCGGGCAGUUACUGGUUACACAGACCCCAACACGGGAAAAACAAUCUCCUUGUUCCAGGCCUUAAAAAAAGAUCUGAUUGUCAAGGACCAUGGUAUUCGUCUGCUAGAAGCUCAGAUUGCUACAGGGGGCAUCAUUGAUCCUGUGCACAGCCAUCGUGUCCCUGUGGAGGUGGCUUACCAAAGAGGGUACUUUGAUGAGGAGAUGAACAAGGUCCUCUCUGAUCCAGAUGAUGACACCAAGGGUUUCUUUGAUCCCAACACACAGGAGAACCUCACAUACUUGCAACUUGUGGAGAGGUGUGUUAAAGACCCCAUCACUGGCCUGAGCCUGCUUGUGAUCGUGAAAAAGGGAGAGUACUACUUUUUCAUUGAUGAACAUACAAAGAAUAUCCUCAAGUCUGCAACCACAAACAAAGCAGGAGGUAAAUUCCAAGGACAGCUGGUGACACUUUGGGAUCUGUUGUAUUCAAAUUACAUAUCUGAGGAAAAGAGGAGAGAACUGGUGCAGCAGUUUAAGUCAGGUACAAUAACUAUUGAACAAUUCUUAGAAAUAGUUCUGACCUUAGUAUCACAGAAAUCAGGAACAAGCACCCACACAAUUACUACCACCACCACAGCAACAACAGAGACAACCCAAAACAACACCUUCCAAGGUAUCAGAAAGGAUGUGAGUGCUGAUGAGCUGUUGCUAUCCAAAGUCAUCGAUGAGAAAAUGUACAAAGACCUAACAACUGGAAAAGUCACAGUUGAUCAUGUGAGUGAAAUAGACUCUGUGCGAAAAUACCUGAAAGGGACAAACUGCAUUGCUGGUGUAUUUGUGCAGUCUACCAAACAGACCAUGAGCAUAACCGAAGCCAAAAAUAAGGGGCUUCUAACACCUGGAACGUCUUUGGUUUUACUUGAGGCCCAGGCUGCUACUGGCUUUAUGAUUGACCCAGUAAAGAACAAAAAACUGUCAGUAGAGCAGGCGGUGACUGAAGGCAUUGUUGGAACAGAAUGGAAAAACAAAAUGCUGUCUGCAGAGCGGGCAGUUACUGGUUACACAGACCCCAACACAGGAAAAACAAUCUCCUUGUUCCAGGCCUUAAAAAAAGAUCUGAUUGUUAAGGACCAUGGUAUUCGUCUUCUAGAAGCUCAGAUUGCUACGGGGGGCAUCAUUGAUCCUGUGCACAGCCAUCGUGUCCCUGUGGAGGUGGCUUACCAAAGAGGGUACUUUGAUGAGGAGAUGAACAAGAUCCUCUCUGAUCCAGAUGAUGACACCAAGGGUUUCUUUGAUCCCAACACACAGGAGAACCUCACAUACUUGCAACUUGUGGAGAGGUGUGUUAAAGACCCCAUCACUGGCCUGAGCCUCCUUGUGAUCGUGAAAAAGGGAGAGUACUACUUUUUCAUUGAUGAAUAUACAAAGAAUAUCCUCAAGUCUGCAACCACAAACAAAGCAGGAGGUAAAUUCCAAGGACAGCUGGUGACACUUUGGGAUCUGUUGUAUUCAAAUUACAUAUCUGAGGAAAAGAGGAGAGAACUGGUGCAGCAGUUUAAGUCAGGUACAAUAACUAUUGAACAAUUCUUAGAAAUAGUUCUGACCUUAGUAUCACAGAAAUCAGGAACAAGCACCCACACAAUUACUACCACCACCACAGCAACAACAGAGACAACCCAAAACAACACCUUCCAAGGUAUCAGAAAGGAUGUGAGUGCUGAUGAGCUGUUGCUAUCCAAAGUCAUCGAUGAGAAAAUGUACAAAGACCUAACAACUGGAAAAGUCACAGUUGAUCAUGUGAGUGAAAUAGACUCUGUGCGAAAAUACCUGAAAGGGACAAACUGCAUUGCUGGUGUAUUUGUGCAGUCUACAAAACAGACCAUGAGCAUAACCGAAGCCAAAAAUAAGGGACUUCUAACACCUGGAACGUCUUUGGUUUUACUUGAGGCCCAGGCUGCUACUGGCUUUAUGAUUGACCCAGUAAAGAACAAAAAACUGUCAGUAGAGCAGGCGGUGACUGAAGGGAUUGUUGGAACAGAAUGGAAAAGCAAACUGCUGUCUGCAGAGCGGGCAGUUACUGGUUACACAGACCCCAACACGGGAAAAACAAUCUCCUUGUUCCAGGCCUUAAAAAAAGAUCUGAUUGUCAAGGACCAUGGUAUUCGUCUGCUAGAAGCUCAGAUUGCUACGGGGGGCAUCAUUGAUCCUGUGCACAGCCAUCGUGUCCCUGUGGAGGUGGCUUACCAAAGAGGGUACUUUGAUGAGGAGAUGAACAAGGUCCUCUCUGAUCCAGAUGAUGACACCAAGGGUUUCUUUGAUCCCAACACACAGGAGAACCUCACAUACUUGCAACUUGUGGAGAGGUGUGUUAAAGACCCCAUCACUGGCCUGAGCCUCCUUGUGAUCGUGAAAAAGGGAGAGUACUACUUUUUCAUUGAUGAACAUACAAAGAAUAUCCUCAAGUCUGCAACCACAAACAAAGCAGGAGGUAAAUUCCAAGGACAGCUGGUGACACUUUGGGAUCUGUUGUAUUCAAAUUACAUAUCUGAGGAAAAGAGGAGAGAACUGGUGCAGCAGUUUAAGUCAGGUACAAUAACUAUUGAACAAUUCUUAGAAAUAGUUCUGACCUUAGUAUCACAGAAAUCAGGAACAAGCACCCACACAAUUACUACCACCACCACAGCAACAACAGAGACAACCCAAAACAACACCUUCCAAGGUAUCAGAAAGGAUGUGAGUGCUGAUGAGCUGUUGCUAUCCAAAGUCAUCGAUGAGAAAAUGUACAAAGACCUAACAACUGGAAAAGUCACAGUUGAUCAUGUGAGUGAAAUAGACUCUGUGCGAAAAUACCUGAAAGGGACAAACUGCAUUGCUGGUGUAUUUGUGCAGUCUACAAAACAGACCAUGAGCAUAACCGAAGCCAAAAAUAAGGGACUUCUAACACCUGGAACGUCUUUGGUUUUACUUGAGGCCCAGGCUGCUACUGGCUUUAUGAUUGACCCAGUAAAGAACAAAAAACUGUCAGUAGAGCAGGCGGUGACUGAAGGGAUUGUUGGAACAGAAUGGAAAAGCAAACUGCUGUCUGCAGAGCGGGCAGUUACUGGUUACACAGACCCCAACACGGGAAAAACAAUCUCCUUGUUCCAGGCCUUAAAAAAAGAUCUGAUUGUCAAGGACCAUGGUAUUCGUCUGCUAGAAGCUCAGAUUGCUACAGGGGGCAUCAUUGAUCCUGUGCACAGCCAUCGUGUCCCUGUGGAGGUGGCUUACCAAAGAGGGUACUUUGAUGAGGAGCUGAACAAGGUCCUCUCUGAUCCAGAUGAUGACACCAAGGGUUUCUUUGAUCCCAACACACAGGAGAACCUCACAUACUUGCAACUUGUGGAGAGGUGUGUUAAAGACCCCAUCACUGGCCUGAGCCUCCUUGUGAUCGUGAAAAAGGGAGAGUACUACUUUUUCAUUGAUGAACAUACAAAGAAUAUCCUCAAGUCUGCAACCACAAACAAAGCAGGAGGUAAAUUCCAAGGACAGCUGGUGACACUUUGGGAUCUGUUGUAUUCAAAUUACAUAUCUGAGGAAAAGAGGAGAGAACUGGUGCUGCAGUUUAAGUCAGGUACAAUAACUAUUGAACAAUUCUUAGAAAUAGUUCUGACCUUAGUAUCACAGAAAUCAGGAACAAGCACCCACACAAUUACUACCACCACCACAGCAACAACAGAGACAACCCAAAACAACACCUUCCAAGGUAUCAGAAAGGAUGUGAGUGCUGAUGAGCUGUUGCUAUCCAAAGUCAUCGAUGAGAAAAUGUACAAAGACCUAACAACUGGAAAAGUCACAGUUGAUCAUGUGAGUGAAAUAGACUCUGUGCGAAAAUACCUGAAAGGGACAAACUGCAUUGCUGGUGUAUUUGUGCAGUCUACAAAACAGACCAUGAGCAUAACCGAAGCCAAAAAUAAGGGACUUCUAACACCUGGAACGUCUUUGGUUUUACUUGAGGCCCAGGCUGCUACUGGCUUUAUGAUUGACCCAGUAAAGAACAAAAAACUGUCAGUAGAGCAGGCGGUGACUGAAGGGAUUGUUGGAACAGAAUGGAAAAGCAAACUGCUGUCUGCAGAGCGGGCAGUUACUGGUUACACAGACCCCAACACGGGAAAAACAAUCUCCUUGUUCCAGGCCUUAAAAAAAGAUCUGAUUGUCAAGGACCAUGGUAUUCGUCUGCUAGAAGCUCAGAUUGCUACGGGGGGCAUCAUUGAUCCUGUGCACAGCCAUCGUGUCCCUGUGGAGGUGGCUUACCAAAGAGGGUACUUUGAUGAGGAGAUGAACAAGGUCCUCUCUGAUCCAGAUGAUGACACCAAGGGUUUCUUUGAUCCCAACACACAGGAGAACCUCACAUACUUGCAACUUGUGGAGAGGUGUGUUAAAGACCCCAUCACUGGCCUGAGCCUCCUUGUGAUCGUGAAAAAGGGAGAGUACUACUUUUUCAUUGAUGAAUAUACAAAGAAUAUCCUCAAGUCUGCAACCACAAACAAAGCAGGAGGUAAAUUCCAAGGACAGCUGGUGACACUUUGGGAUCUGUUGUAUUCAAAUUACAUAUCUGAGGAAAAGAGGAGAGAACUGGUGCAGCAGUUUAAGUCAGGUACAAUAACUAUUGAACAAUUCUUAGAAAUAGUUCUGACCUUAGUAUCACAGAAAUCAGGAACAAGCACCCACACAAUUACUACCACCACCACAGCAACAACAGAGACAACCCAAAACAACACCUUCCAAGGUAUCAGAAAGGAUGUGAGUGCUGAUGAGCUGUUGCUAUCCAAAGUCAUCGAUGAGAAAAUGUACAAAGACCUAACAACUGGAAAAGUCACAGUUGAUCAUGUGAGUGAAAUAGACUCUGUGCGAAAAUACCUGAAAGGGACAAACUGCAUUGCUGGUGUAUUUGUGCAGUCUACAAAACAGACCAUGAGCAUAACCGAAGCCAAAAAUAAGGGACUUCUAACACCUGGAACGUCUUUGGUUUUACUUGAGGCCCAGGCUGCUACUGGCUUUAUGAUUGACCCAGUAAAGAACAAAAAACUGUCAGUAGAGCAGGCGGUGACUGAAGGGAUUGUUGGAACAGAAUGGAAAAGCAAACUGCUGUCUGCAGAGCGGGCAGUUACUGGUUACACAGACCCCAACACGGGAAAAACAAUCUCCUUGUUCCAGGCCUUAAAAAAAGAUCUGAUUGUCAAGGACCAUGGUAUUCGUCUGCUAGAAGCUCAGAUUGCUACGGGGGGCAUCAUUGAUCCUGUGCACAGCCAUCGUGUCCCUGUGGAGGUGGCUUACCAAAGAGGGUACUUUGAUGAGGAGAUGAACAAGGUCCUCUCUGAUCCAGAUGAUGACACCAAGGGUUUCUUUGAUCCCAACACACAGGAGAACCUCACAUACUUGCAACUUGUGGAGAGGUGUGUUAAAGACCCCAUCACUGGCCUGAGCCUCCUUGUGAUCGUGAAAAAGGGAGAGUACUACUUUUUCAUUGAUGAACAUACAAAGAAUAUCCUCAAGUCUGCAACCACAAACAAAGCAGGAGGUAAAUUCCAAGGACAGCUGGUGACACUUUGGGAUCUGUUGUAUUCAAAUUACAUAUCUGAGGAAAAGAGGAGAGAACUGGUGCAGCAGUUUAAGUCAGGUACAAUAACUAUUGAACAAUUCUUAGAAAUAGUUCUGACCUUAGUAUCACAGAAAUCAGGAACAAGCACCCACACAAUUACUACCACCACCACAGCAACAACAGAGACAACCCAAAACAACACCUUCCAAGGUAUCAGAAAGGAUGUGAGUGCUGAUGAGCUGUUGCUAUCCAAAGUCAUCGAUGAGAAAAUGUACAAAGACCUAACAACUGGAAAAGUCACAGUUGAUCAUGUGAGUGAAAUAGACUCUGUGCGAAAAUACCUGAAAGGGACAAACUGCAUUGCUGGUGUAUUUGUGCAGUCUACAAAACAGACCAUGAGCAUAACCGAAGCCAAAAAUAAGGGACUUCUAACACCUGGAACGUCUUUGGUUUUACUUGAGGCCCAGGCUGCUACUGGCUUUAUGAUUGACCCAGUAAAGAACAAAAAACUGUCAGUAGAGCAGGCGGUGACUGAAGGCAUUGUUGGAACAGAAUGGAAAAACAAAAUGCUGUCUGCAGAGCGGGCAGUUACUGGUUACACAGACCCCAACACGGGAAAAACAAUCUCCUUGUUCCAGGCCUUAAAAAAAGAUCUGAUUGUCAAGGACCAUGGUAUUCGUCUGCUAGAAGCUCAGAUUGCUACGGGGGGCAUCAUUGAUCCUGUGCACAGCCAUCGUGUCCCUGUGGAGGUGGCUUACCAAAGAGGGUACUUUGAUGAGGAGAUGAACAAGGUCCUCUCUGAUCCAGAUGAUGACACCAAGGGUUUCUUUGAUCCCAACACACAGGAGAACCUCACAUACUUGCAACUUGUGGAGAGGUGUGUUAAAGACCCCAUCACUGGCCUGAGCCUCCUUGUGAUCGUGAAAAAGGGAGAGUACUACUUUUUCAUUGAUGAAUAUACAAAGAAUAUCCUCAAGUCUGCAACCACAAACAAAGCAGGAGGUAAAUUCCAAGGACAGCUGGUGACACUUUGGGAUCUGUUGUAUUCAAAUUACAUAUCUGAGGAAAAGAGGAGAGAACUGGUGCAGCAGUUUAAGUCAGGUACAAUAACUAUUGAACAAUUCUUAGAAAUAGUUCUGACCUUAGUAUCACAGAAAUCAGGAACAAGCACCCACACAAUUACUACCACCACCACAGCAACAACAGAGACAACCCAAAACAACACCUUCCAAGGUAUCAGAAAGGAUGUGAGUGCUGAUGAGCUGUUGCUAUCCAAAGUCAUCGAUGAGAAAAUGUACAAAGACCUAACAACUGGAAAAGUCACAGUUGAUCAUGUGAGUGAAAUAGACUCUGUGCGAAAAUACCUGAAAGGGACAAACUGCAUUGCUGGUGUAUUUGUGCAGUCUACCAAACAGACCAUGAGCAUAACCGAAGCCAAAAAUAAGGGGCUUCUAACACCUGGAACGUCUUUGGUUUUACUUGAGGCCCAGGCUGCUACUGGCUUUAUGAUUGACCCAGUAAAGAACAAAAAACUGUCAGUAGAGCAGGCGGUGACUGAAGGGAUUGUUGGAACAGAAUGGAAAAGCAAACUGCUGUCUGCAGAGCGGGCAGUUACUGGUUACACAGACCCCAACACGGGAAAAACAAUCUCCUUGUUCCAGGCCUUAAAAAAAGAUCUGAUUGUCAAGGACCAUGGUAUUCGUCUGCUAGAAGCUCAGAUUGCUACAGGGGGCAUCAUUGAUCCUGUGCACAGCCAUCGUGUCCCUGUGGAGGUGGCUUACCAAAGAGGGUACUUUGAUGAGGAGAUGAACAAGGUCCUCUCUGAUCCAGAUGAUGACACCAAGGGUUUCUUUGAUCCCAACACACAGGAGAACCUCACAUACUUGCAACUUGUGGAGAGGUGUGUUAAAGACCCCAUCACUGGCCUGAGCCUCCUUGUGAUCGUGAAAAAGGGAGAGUACUACUUUUUCAUUGAUGAAUAUACAAAGAAUAUCCUCAAGUCUGCAACCACAAACAAAGCAGGAGGUAAAUUCCAAGGACAGCUGGUGACACUUUGGGAUCUGUUGUAUUCAAAUUACAUAUCUGAGGAAAAGAGGAGAGAACUGGUGCAGCAGUUUAAGUCAGGUACAAUAACUAUUGAACAAUUCUUAGAAAUAGUUCUGACCUUAGUAUCACAGAAAUCAGGAACAAGCACCCACACAAUUACUACCACCACCACAGCAACAACAGAGACAACCCAAAACAACACCUUCCAAGGUAUCAGAAAGGAUGUGAGUGCUGAUGAGCUGUUGCUAUCCAAAGUCAUCGAUGAGAAAAUGUACAAAGACCUAACAACUGGAAAAGUCACAGUUGAUCAUGUGAGUGAAAUAGACUCUGUGCGAAAAUACCUGAAAGGGACAAACUGCAUUGCUGGUGUAUUUGUGCAGUCUACCAAACAGACCAUGAGCAUAACCGAAGCCAAAAAUAAGGGACUUCUAACACCUGGAACGUCUUUGGUUUUACUUGAGGCCCAGGCUGCCACUGGCUUUAUGAUUGACCCAGUAAAGAACAAAAAACUGUCAGUAGAGCAGGCGGUGACUGAAGGGAUUGUUGGAACAGAAUGGAAAAGCAAACUGCUGUCUGCAGAGCGGGCAGUUACUGGUUACACAGACCCCAACACGGGAAAAACAAUCUCCUUGUUCCAGGCCUUAAAAAAAGAUCUGAUUGUCAAGGACCAUGGUAUUCGUCUUCUAGAAGCUCAGAUUGCUACGGGGGGCAUCAUUGAUCCUGUGCACAGCCAUCGUGUCCCUGUGGAGGUGGCUUACCAAAGAGGGUACUUUGAUGAGGAGAUGAACAAGAUCCUCUCUGAUCCAGAUGAUGACACCAAGGGUUUCUUUGAUCCCAACACACAGGAGAACCUCACAUACUUGCAACUUGUGGAGAGGUGUGUUAAAGACCCCAUCACUGGCCUGAGCCUCCUUGUGAUCGUGAAAAAGGGAGAGUACUACUUUUUCAUUGAUGAACAUACAAAGAAUAUCCUCAAGUCUGCAACCACAAACAAAGCAGGAGGUAAAUUCCAAGGACAGCUGGUGACACUUUGGGAUCUGUUGUAUUCAAAUUACAUAUCUGAGGAAAAGAGGAGAGAACUGGUGCAGCAGUUUAAGUCAGGUACAAUAACUAUUGAACAAUUCUUAGAAAUAGUUCUGACCUUAGUAUCACAGAAAUCAGGAACAAGCACCCACACAAUUACUACCACCACCACAGCAACAACAGAGACAACCCAAAACAACACCUUCCAAGGUAUCAGAAAGGAUGUGAGUGCUGAUGAGCUGUUGCUAUCCAAAGUCAUCGAUGAGAAAAUGUACAAAGACCUAACAACUGGAAAAGUCACAGUUGAUCAUGUGAGUGAAAUAGACUCUGUGCGAAAAUACCUGAAAGGGACAAACUGCAUUGCUGGUGUAUUUGUGCAGUCUACAAAACAGACCAUGAGCAUAACCGAAGCCAAAAAUAAGGGACUUCUAACACCUGGAACGUCUUUGGUUUUACUUGAGGCCCAGGCUGCUACUGGCUUUAUGAUUGACCCAGUAAAGAACAAAAAACUGUCAGUAGAGCAGGCGGUGACUGAAGGGAUUGUUGGAACAGAAUGGAAAAGCAAACUGCUGUCUGCAGAGCGGGCAGUUACUGGUUACACAGACCCCAACACGGGAAAAACAAUCUCCUUGUUCCAGGCCUUAAAAAAAGAUCUGAUUGUCAAGGACCAUGGUAUUCGUCUGCUAGAAGCUCAGAUUGCUACGGGGGGCAUCAUUGAUCCUGUGCACAGCCAUCGUGUCCCUGUGGAGGUGGCUUACCAAAGAGGGUACUUUGAUGAGGAGAUGAACAAGGUCCUCUCUGAUCCAGAUGAUGACACCAAGGGUUUCUUUGAUCCCAACACACAGGAGAACCUCACAUACUUGCAACUUGUGGAGAGGUGUGUUAAAGACCCCAUCACUGGCCUGAGCCUCCUUGUGAUCGUGAAAAAGGGAGAGUACUACUUUUUCAUUGAUGAAUAUACAAAGAAUAUCCUCAAGUCUGCAACCACAAACAAAGCAGGAGGUAAAUUCCAAGGACAGCUGGUGACACUUUGGGAUCUGUUGUAUUCAAAUUACAUAUCUGAGGAAAAGAGGAGAGAACUGGUGCAGCAGUUUAAGUCAGGUACAAUAACUAUUGAACAAUUCUUAGAAAUAGUUCUGACCUUAGUAUCACAGAAAUCAGGAACAAGCACCCACACAAUUACUACCACCACCACAGCAACAACAGAGACAACCCAAAACAACACCUUCCAAGGUAUCAGAAAGGAUGUGAGUGCUGAUGAGCUGUUGCUAUCCAAAGUCAUCGAUGAGAAAAUGUACAAAGACCUAACAACUGGAAAAGUCACAGUUGAUCAUGUGAGUGAAAUAGACUCUGUGCGAAAAUACCUGAAAGGGACAAACUGCAUUGCUGGUGUAUUUGUGCAGUCUACCAAACAGACCAUGAGCAUAACCGAAGCCAAAAAUAAGGGGCUUCUAACACCUGGAACGUCUUUGGUUUUACUUGAGGCCCAGGCUGCUACUGGCUUUAUGAUUGACCCAGUAAAGAACAAAAAACUGUCAGUAGAGCAGGCGGUGACUGAAGGGAUUGUUGGAACAGAAUGGAAAAGCAAACUGCUGUCUGCAGAGCGGGCAGUUACUGGUUACACAGACCCCAACACGGGAAAAACAAUCUCCUUGUUCCAGGCCUUAAAAAAAGAUCUGAUUGUUAAGGACCAUGGUAUUCGUCUUCUAGAAGCUCAGAUUGCUACGGGGGGCAUCAUUGAUCCUGUGCACAGCCAUCGUGUCCCUGUGGAGGUGGCUUACCAAAGAGGGUACUUUGAUGAGGAGAUGAACAAGAUCCUCUCUGAUCCAGAUGAUGACACCAAGGGUUUCUUUGAUCCCAACACACAGGAGAACCUCACAUACUUGCAACUUGUGGAGAGGUGUGUUAAAGACCCCAUCACUGGCCUGAGCCUGCUUGUGAUCGUGAAAAAGGGAGAGUACUACUUUUUCAUUGAUGAACAUACAAAGAAUAUCCUCAAGUCUGCAACCACAAACAAAGCAGGAGGUAAAUUCCAAGGACAGCUGGUGACACUUUGGGAUCUGUUGUAUUCAAAUUACAUUUCUGAGGAAAAGAGGAGAGAACUGGUGCAGCAGUUUAAGUCAGGUACAAUAACUAUUGAACAAUUCUUAGAAAUAGUUCUGACCUUAGUAUCACAGAAAUCAGGAACAAGCACCCACACAAUUACUACCACCACCACAGCAACAACAGAGACAACCCAAAACAACACCUUCCAAGGUAUCAGAAAGGAUGUGAGUGCUGAUGAGCUGUUGCUAUCCAAAGUCAUCGAUGAGAAAAUGUACAAAGACCUAACAACUGGAAAAGUCACAGUUGAUCAUGUGAGUGAAAUAGACUCUGUGCGAAAAUACCUGAAAGGGACAAACUGCAUUGCUGGUGUAUUUGUGCAGUCUACCAAACAGACCAUGAGCAUAACCGAAGCCAAAAAUAAGGGACUUCUAACACCUGGAACGUCUUUGGUUUUACUUGAGGCCCAGGCUGCUACUGGCUUUAUGAUUGACCCAGUAAAGAACAAAAAACUGUCAGUAGAGCAGGCGGUGACUGAAGGGAUUGUUGGAACAGAAUGGAAAAGCAAACUGCUGUCUGCAGAGCGGGCAGUUACUGGUUACACAGACCCCAACACAGGAAAAACAAUCUCCUUGUUCCAGGCCUUAAAAAAAGACCUGAUUGUCAAGGACCAUGGUAUUCGUCUGCUAGAAGCUCAGAUUGCUACGGGGGGCAUCAUUGAUCCUGUGCACAGCCAUCGUGUCCCUGUGGAGGUGGCUUACCAAAGAGGGUACUUUGAUGAGGAGAUGAACAAGAUCCUCUCUGAUCCAGAUGAUGACACCAAGGGUUUCUUUGAUCCCAACACACAGGAGAACCUCACAUACUUGCAACUUGUGGAGAGGUGUGUUAAAGACCCCAUCACUGGCCUGAGCCUCCUUGUGAUUGUGAAAAAGGGAGAGUACUACUUUUUCAUUGAUGAACAUACAAAGAAUAUCCUCAAGUCUGCAACCACAAACAAAGCAGGAGGUAAAUUCCAAGGACAGCUGGUGACACUUUGGGAUCUGUUGUAUUCAAAUUACAUAUCUGAGGAAAAGAGGAGAGAACUGGUGCAGCAGUUUAAGUCAGGUACAAUAACUAUUGAACAAUUCUUAGAAAUAGUUCUGACCUUAGUAUCACAGAAAUCAGGAACAAGCACCCACACAAUUACUACCACCACCACCACAGCAACAACAGAGACAACCCAAAACAACACCUUCCAAGGUAUCAGAAAGGAUGUGAGUGCUGAUGAGCUGUUGCUAUCCAAAGUCAUCGAUGAGAAAAUGUACAAAGACCUAACAACUGGAAAAGUCACAGUUGAUCAUGUAAGUGAAAUAGACUCUGUGCGAAAAUACCUGAAAGGGACAAACUGCAUUGCUGGUGUAUUUGUGCAGUCUACCAAACAGACCAUGAGCAUAACCGAAGCCAAAAAUAAGAGACUUCUAACUCCUGGAACGUCUUUGGUUUUACUUGAGGCCCAGGCUGCUACUGGCUUUAUGAUUGACCCAGUAAAGAACAAAAAACUGUCAGUAGAGCAGGCGGUGACUGAAGGGAUUGUUGGAACAGAAUGGAAAAGCAAACUGCUGUCUGCAGAGCGGGCAGUUACUGGUUACACAGACCCCAACACAGGAAAAACAAUCUCCUUGUUCCAGGCCUUAAAAAAAGAUCUGAUUGUCAAGGACCAUGGUAUUCGUCUGCUAGAAGCUCAGAUUGCUACGGGGGGCAUCAUUGAUCCUGUGCACAGCCAUCGUGUCCCUGUGGAGGUGGCUUACCAAAGAGGGUACUUUGAUGAGGAGAUGAACAAGAUCCUCUCUGAUCCAGAUGAUGACACCAAGGGUUUCUUUGAUCCCAACACACAAGAGAACCUCACAUACAUGCAAUUAAUGGAGAGGUGUGUUAGAGACCCAAAGACUGGGCUGAGUCUGCUUGCUUUACAAAAGUAGAGUUAAGAUUGGAUGAGAUAUGCCAUGCAAACUAUUCAUGCUUUAUUAAAUACAAUCAUACUUAUCUCUUACUUUUUAUUCCAUUUGCAAAUCUGUAAGUGUAUCAUUUAAGUGUAUACCAUUUCAGUUUCAGUGUGCAUUGUUUAUAUUAGAGGUUAAGAUAACUUCUCUUUCUAGUUUUACACUUUUAAACUGCAACAUAGUAUGUCAGUGUUUUGUUUAAUACACUGCUUUCUGCUUUCUGGCUACAUGUUCAAAACAAUACAAAUAAACUUAAAGCUGCAACAUGUUAUUAUAUUUCAUAAUUCUCAAGUCAGUAAUCUCUUUCAUUAUAAAGAUUGUGUUUUUAUUGAA